AUGUCCUUCCGGCCGAUGUUGCAGCAGCGGGCUGUGGCUCCGAUCGCAGCCACCCUCCUCGCGGGAGGCAUGGCCCUGUACCCCAAGCAGACGGCCUUUGCGGAAGAGCCCCGAGACCUUAGGAAACCCAUCUAUGACGACUUCCCAACCGACAUCCCCGAACCCUCCCAACCCGCUUCCCCGACUCCCGAGCCGAUCUCUCUGCCGUCGACGCCAUUGGCACCUUCUUCGCCGACCCCUACAGAAAUCCUGACCGCCCAGGUCCGACAAGCCCGGCUCGUCUUGUACUCGAACUCCCUUGCCGCAGAGAACAGCUUCAACGCCUUCCUGUCCCGGGCCCUGCACAUCGAAAACGCCUUCACCAACACCGUGGCCUCCCUCGCACCCUCGGCCGAAUCUGGUGAGCGUCUGCUCCCCGGAGGUGUGUACGUUGCUGUGGCUGCCAUGGCUGGCUCGAUCGUCUCGCGCAACCGCGGUAUUUUCCUCCGCACUGCCUCACCGCUCGCGUUCGGCACGGUGGCCGCUUGGAGCCUUCUGCCUGUCACUAUGCGGAAUGUCUCUGACCUGGCGUGGGAGUACGAGAAGAAGGUGCCGGCUGUCGCGGAGAAGCACCUGGCUAUUCGGGAACGGGCGGAGCACAUCUGGUACACUGGUAUCGCGCACAGUGGUAUGGCUCGCCAGAUGAUGGAAGAGAAGAUCGGUGACACCCGGAAGAAGCUUGAGGAGCUGGUGAGCAAGGGCCAUUAG